GCCGUUUCUUGGAGACCGUUGGAAGAUUUAAAUUUCGAAAUCCACUUUCUAAAAGAUCGUCAGAAACUCAGAAAGAACAGAAAAAACGGAGAAGAAAAGAAGCCCAUUAAUGAAGACCAUGGUGGUCACAUCGUCUUCUUCUGCAAGAAGCCUUAGCAGUACCAUGGAAGACCGUUCAGAGAGCCGUGACAGCUACUAUUUUCCGGGCUGCCGGAAAGAUGCCAAUUGUUCCUGCGAUAUCUGUCUUGCGAGCAUCAAUGCGACUUUGGAUCUCAUGCCUAUGAGCAGUCAAAGGAGUUCUCUGACGAAGUUCUCAGCCUCAAAAUCGAUGAUGGAAAGAACUCCUGUUUCUUUUAAUCGUUCAGUCCUCUCUACGCCCAGAUCGGAAGUGCACCAGCUAUCAAGAACACCGCCUCUCAAAUCGACUGGAAAGUCGAUUCCUUCUGAGAAAAGGAAGAAUAAACCUAGGGUUUUUGGGUUCAACAUCUGCCGAUUUUUAUUGGUUGCGAGUUUAAUUUUUGCCUCAGAUUCUGUAUUGGGUUUGUUGAUUUUGGGGUUAUUCAGUCCUGUGUUGUCACCUGAGAUUGUGAAGAAGGUUGGGGAGGAAUCUUGCAUCCUGGAAGAUUGGAAUUUGAAAUUAGACUUCUUGGAGAAGAAACUAAGAGAUACGGUUCAUGUGGAUGUCUCAAACUGCAGAUCCCCUGAUUCUCUAUGGAAGAUAGAUCAGGAAGGAUUGAUAUUAAACUCGCGGUGUACAUUGUAUAAAUCCAUAUCAGAGGAGGUAAGCUUAUGGGGAUGGCCUCUUCAAACUGCUGGGUUGCUCACAUCAGAGCUUUCUUCUCGGUCAUUCACCAUCUUGACAGGAAGAGUCACAGAGUGGUCAGAAGGGAGGCUUGGGUUCUCAAUUCACAAGGCAAACAGUUCAUGGGUACAAACAAGAUGGAGUGCUUCAGCUGUGCAAAUGGAUUCUAAUACCUGGAUUCUUGAAUAUCGUUCAAGUUUAGUGUUGGAGAAUUCGAGAUUCUUUACAGCAGCUUUUGAGUUCCUGAAGUUCAGAAUGUUAAGAACAGUUAGAGAGAUGAAGCAGCAAUUUUGGUUAUUGCCUGCAUUUUUUCACCCUUAUGGUAGUCAUUCUGAGGAUGUCGUUUACAAACAUCCAACUUAAGAUGUACCCAUAUCUCAUGCCUUGUGAGACAUUUUAACCUGUAAAAAAAUUUCCCCUUGCUUUUGGUUUAUUAGUAGCUGCUGAUCUUAUUGAUUAAAAAUGAGUUUUGUAGAUAUCUCAUGCAA